AUGGUUCGAUGUGGGAAAGGUUAUCAAACACACGAUCCAUCGCAAUUUUCCAAGAAACACACGAAAGCGGAAAGCGGAUUGAGACUAAAGAUGGCAGAUGUUAUGCCUUGCUUCAUUCCUGACGGUGAAUAUUUCAUCGUCGAUGAGCCAAGACUCAUGCGGCCCGCCACCGCCACCACCGACCACGAAACCAAAAGAACCGACCCGCAGCCAACCGCCCCAAGCAGCGAGCUAGAUUCUACCUUUGGUCAAUUUUUGAGACUGAUGACGGAUUUGAUCAAGAAGGAAGUAAAGAAAGAGGAUAUAAAGGAAGCGGACGCAAAGGAUGUUGCUGAUGAAAUUUUCAAUCUUGAGUAA